UUGGCGCUAUGACGUUACAAAUGUGACGUCAGAACAGUUAAUUGUUGUAUUAUAAUUCACUGUUUUCAGCCUCCUUUUUGUAAUAAGAAAAUGAAUCGGAUCUUGUUAGAAUCUAAAACACUACUUCUACUUUUUAUAAUUAUAAAGUAAGUUUGAUUUCAGAAAAUUACGGAAAAUUUGUAAAUUAGUUUUCCUUUUUUGAAAGGGAGGAGGGACAUUACACCAAAAUGUGGUACUAGAAAAACGUUAAAGUGUACUAUACCUUUGUAUGAUUUCUGACAUUUUGUAUGCAGUCAUAUCAGUUUUAACCGAAACAAGUUAGGGAUACAUUUCAAAUUCUCUCUUCUUUCGAACAGAAACAAUAAUUUAUGACAUGCUUAAUGAUGUGCGAGCGUUUUUUUUCUUCUUUUUUUUGUUUUUUGUUGUUUUAUUUUUCAUGGUUAUCCGCCAUUUUGAUAAAAAUCUUGGAAUAAUUCUUUCAAACAAUAAGACCAGUGGGGUAAUUAUGCAAAAAUGUAAAAAUGUAAGAUAUUUGUAAGUAACAUUUAUGCUUAUAUGAUACUGAUAUUAGAAACAAAUUGUAAGACCUGAAAUCGCUAGAACAUUGAUUUGAAUAUAUAAUAAGAACAACGAAUUUGACCAAACUUUUUUUUAUAUAUUUCUUUUUAAAUCUUUAUUGUUGUAACGGUGACAAUAGUCACGUCAUUGCCGUUUACAUUUUCAACCAAUCGAAUCAGUUUCAUGUUCUUGGCAUUUUUUUCUCCAAAAAUAUUAUCCAAUCACAACAGUGACAAUGACUUAUAUAAUUUCGGGCUGGACAUUAUUCUGUCAUUACAACCUAGUUCGUUACUUGUAUUAAGUGGAUUAUUUAGAUUAAUUCUUAGCUUUCUAUUACACGUUUGGUUGAUUAUUUCGUUGCGUUUAAUGUAAAGAAAGACAGAGUGUAACAGUUUGAAACACCAGCAAGUAUUCCGAUAUAUAGGCGUGUUCUGUUUUCCGAAGACAGCAUCGAGGCAUUCAGAUUUAAAAAAGAAUGGAGAAUAACCAAGUCCCCGACGAUACUCCAACAGAUGUUGAAACCCCAGUCCGACAACGGUCGCCAACACGCAACACAUACAUGUCGCGGUUGGUCGGUAUUGGGCAGAGUAUUAAUCAAAGUAUCAGAAGGCUCCAAUUUGAUCCCGACAUGCAGCAGGGACUUGCGGCACAGCUCUCGGCGUCAUUCAACCGGGCGAGUCCAAUUCGCAAUAGGGAAACAGCACCAGUCCGUGUUAGAGGACGAGGCGGUCGUGUUCAAGGCGGUAGGGGUCGCCGAUCACAGGAGCUCCAGAUAAGACUAGUGUGCCUCAGAAGACCUGAGCGAUCUAGCUCGAACAUUAGCUACCAAGAAUUGAGAGAAUAUGGUUUGGGUAACGCUUCAACCGCAGACGAGAGAGGGGUUUGCGUCAUUCCCAUAGAUUGGACGGAGGAGUCAUUUCGUCAAUAUAUCGAAGAGGCCUUUCCGGUGCUUAGGUCAACACAGUACGAAGCUAGACGGUCAGAGCGUGGAGGUCGCCUUGUCCGGUUGGAGACUUUAAUACCAAGCGAUCUUCGCAACGUUUUCCUGGCGGGCCGUGACAGGAUUAGAAAUCCACCAACGGUAUUUAUCACCCCGCUUGAAGAGAUCCACCACAGAACGAUGGAUACACCAACGGUCAUGGCUAGGGUCUCCUCGGGAACAAACACACAGCCACCUAGUUCGUCAUCAAAUCAUGCUGUCCAGUCACCUUCUGCUCCUGACCACUUGACUACUUCCUCGGAUGAUCAGCCGUCCAUCUCACUAUCCCGCCAACCAGCACGGUCGCCUUCUUUACAGCCUCAACUGGCUAGUCAGGCGCCCUCCUCAACACCCCAUCAGACAGACCAGCAGCCAUUUUCACUACCCCAUCAGCCAGAACAGGAGUCGUCUUCACUACCCCAUCAACCAGACCAGUCACCUUCGCCACCGUUUCAUCAUGCAGACCAGACUCUUUCUUCAUCGCUUCAUCAUGCAGACCAGACGCCUUCUUCACCGCUUCAUCAUGCUGGCCGACCGUCUUCGUCACCCCUUCAUCAAGUUGACCAGCCGCCUUCUUUACCGCUUCAUCAAGUUGACCAGCCGCCUUCUUCACCGCUUCAUCAAGUUGACCAGCCACCUUCUUCACCGCUUCAACAUGCUGACCAGCCGCCUUCUUCACCGCAUCAUCCUGCUGACCAGUCACGAAAUUCUCCACCUCAUCAACUGCAGCAGGAGCAGCAAAGGUAAAACACAUGCAUUUAA